AUGCAGCCAGGCAGAGAGAUCGUCGACAGUGCGAUUCUGCUCGCGACACUGCCUAAUCUGAGCACGCCCUUCUUCCUCGCCCCCGUCAUCGCCACAGCCGCCUCGCACACCAAGCACCGCCUCAUCAUCGUCCUCUUCUCCCGCCACUUCAAUGUCCACUACCCCGGCAGGAAGGACAAGGACUAUCUCACCUUUUCCGAGAACCAGGCUCUCUCCCGCACAGAGAGCUGGGACCCCGUCCAGCGCAUCCUCACAUUCACCUAUGUCCAGGCCGCAAAGAUCGCCCAGCAGAUGAACAAGGUCCUCAUGGACGUCGAUGUCCUUCUCCGCGGUCUCAACCAGGACUUUGCCCCCGCCCUCCCCUCCCUCGACAUCUGCUUCCGCGUCUCCGGAGACUCCAUCGCCGUUCCCCUGCCCCCCGCCAUCGGCCUCCUCCGCCAGCUCUACAUCCCCCCCGGCGACGCUGACCCCCUCUCCGGCGCACAGACCGCCGUCGGCACGCCCUCCGUCACCGCCCACAUCCCCCCGCUCUACCCCGUCACCGCCCUCGGCGGCACAUUCGACCACCUCCACUCCGGCCACAAGAUCCUCCUCUCCAUGGCCGCCUACAUCACCUCCCGCAAGCUCAUCGUCGGCAUCACCGAGGAUGCUCUCCUCCAGAAUAAAUCAAACAAACACGUCCUAGAGCCCCUAUCUGUCCGUACAGAGCGCGUCCGCGCCUUUCUCCACUUUUUCAAGCCAGAGAUUGCUCUCGAUCUAGUUCCCAUUCACGACGUAUACGGCCCUACCGGUUGGGACCCCGACAUCCAAGCCCUCGUCGUCAGCAAGGAAACCAUGUCCGGUGGUGAAGCCAUCGCAGCGCAUAGAAAGGCCCACUCGCUCCCUGCACUGCGCACCUUCCUCAUCGAUGUCAUAUCCGCGACAAACGCGAGCCUCGACCACGAAGACGCCGAGUGGCUCAAGAUGCACAAGCUCAGCUCGACUUUUAUCCGCCAGUGGAUCGUCGAUUCUGCACUGCAGAAGGAGAGCGCCGACGCACAGACUGAGAAGGACAAGGUCGUCGAUGCUGAGAAUGCACGGGGCAAGGUGCUCGAGGACGCGCGGGGGAUCGUCGACGCUGAGAACGCAAAGGAGCAGGAGAAGAGCAGAGCAGAGUCAGCUCAGGAAUCCACCGAGGAAGCAAAGAACCUGCUCGCAGCGCAGAACUGA